AUGUGGUUAUUUUAUUUAAUUGUUUUAAACACCUUUUAUAAAAAUGUUGAACCAUUGUCUAUAUUUGUAAAGUUAUCAUGGAGGGAAGUUGAAGGAAACAAAUUUGAAUACCCGCAUCACUUGACAGAUGAAACAAAGGAACGUUUCGACUUGAAAUUAACAGGAAAUUUACUGAGAGGUGGACGACUGUUUGUUGGAAAAACAGACGGACAUGAUAAUUUUCAUUUUACUCAGGAUGAUAUUAUUGAAAAGAUGCUAGGAGGCAGUAAAUAUUUUCUGGAAAUUUCGAUUAAUGGACACAAUGUUCGUUUAUACGUUUUGAGAGUUUAA